AUGAAAUUAGUAUUUUAUUUGUGUUUCUAUUUGGUAUUAACUUAGGAGAAUAGGAUAAAAAAGAAAGUAGAUAUUUUAAUUGAUGAUAUACUAAAGAGUAUGAGCCUAGCAGAAAAAAUUGGCUAAACCGCUUAAGUUGAUUUUAUAUAUUUGAAUGAUGCUUAAGGGAAAACAUAAUAUCAUAAGAUAAAGGAAUGGAAUCUGGGAUCUUUGCUAGUGGGAGGAAAUGGAUGUCCAGACGAUGAAAGUAAUAUUACUUCAAUGGGAUCUUGUAUUAAUGCCAACAAUUCAUAAUGGAAAAAAGUAGCUGAUUUGGCAUUAGCUUAAGGAAUUUCUGUAAUAGUGAAUAUAAGUGAAGAAAAAUCAACUACAGUCAUUAUAAAACCAUUGCUUGGUACAGAUGCUAUACGUGGUAAUCAACAUUCUGUUGGGGAAAUAUUAUUUCCUCAUAACAUUGGUCUAGCAGCAUCGAACAAUGUUGAAAACUUUAAGAAUUCAGCGAAAUGGAUGAGAGAUAGUGUGAUUGAAAGUGGAUUUAAUUUUGUAUUUUCACCCACAGUGGCAGUAUCACAUAAUCCAUAAUGGGGAAGAUUUUAUGAAACUUUGGGAGAAAACACAGAUAAAGUAAAAUAAUUUUCUAAAGCAUUUGUUAAAGAAGCCUAAAAUAUCGAAUUAGAAACAGAACAUAUACAUGGAGUUUUAACAUCAGUCAAACAUUUUAUAGGAGAUGGAGCUACAAUAAAUGGAUAUGAAGAAGGAGACUCAAUUGUAGAUCAGCAAUUUAUGGAUGUCUUCAUUUAGAAUAAUAUAAAAGGAUAUGAAGGAGCUAUAGAAGCAUAAACUGGCAACAUAAUGGUCAGCUAUGAUGCAAUCAAUGGUGUGGCUAUGAGUGUACAUCCAUUUGUUAAUAGUAUAUUAAAAGCAUCAGAAAGAGAAGGUGGAUUAGGAUUUGAAGGAUUUGUUAUUAGUGAUUAUAAUUCAGUAAUCAAAAGUGCUUCAUUUGAUUUGCCAAGAGAAUCUUAAAAAAUUCCGUUAGACAAAGCUUAUGCUGACUCAUUUAAUGUUGGAGUAGAUAUGUAAAUGAUUUCUGAAAAUGUUGAAGACUAUUAGACCUUAAUUGAGAAAUUGGUCAAUGAAACUGAUCAGGAUAAACCAAAAAUAGACGUAAAAAGAUUAGACGAUGCUGUUAGGAGAAUAUUAGCAAUCAAAGAUAAAAUGGGAUUGAUUGAAUAUAACGAAGUAAUUGUAAAAAAGUAUAAUUUAUAAGAAAGAAAAAAAUUAGAAAUAGUAAAGGACAAAGAAUAGGAAUAUUAAGAUGCUUUGUAAGCAGCUCUUUAAUCAUUAGUUUUAUUAAAAAAUUAAGUAAAUACACUUCCUGUGAACAAAAAUUCAAUUGAAAACAUUAUUUUAUUGGGAGAUAGAUAUAUCCAUAUAGGAAAUGGAUAAUAUAAAAUAUUUUCAGAUUUCGAUAACAUAGGUGCUCAAAAUGGCGGAUGGACAAUUAGAUGGUAAGGAUAUAAUGGUAAUGAUUACUGGUCUGGAGAUUUGAAAAAUAAAUCCAAAGCCUCAUCAAUCUUAGAUGCUAUAAAAAAAAGAUUCUAAGAUACUUAAAUUUAUUAUUCAAAAUAUUCGGAUCCAACUAAUUUAGAUGCUAUUCUUGAAGAUAGAAAUAACUUCAGAAAUUUGUUAAUUGCGAAUCAAGACUAAUUUUCUUAAGCAAACACUAUAGUCAUUCAUGUAUUAGCAGAAAAUCCUUAUGCUGAGUAUAUGGGUGAUAUUAAUUGUAAGUAUUGUUAAACAAAAGAUAAAAAAGGUUGCUUAUACAAUUAGCAUGAUAAUCUAUACUAAACUGAAUCAUAAGCUACAAGAUUAGAAAUUAAAACAGGUACAUAUGAAAAAUAAGUAUCAUUAUCUAAAAUUUUUAGUUAAUUAACAAUAUACUUAAAGGUUAAAGUAGAGUAAUUACUGUUUUAUUAAGUGGAAGACCAAUGCUAAUAGAGGAUCCAUUAUCUUUUAGUGAUGCUUUUAUAGCAGCUUGGCUUCCAGGUACUACAGGUGGUGAAGCUAUUGUAAAGUCGAUUUUUGGUGAAUAUGGAUUUGGAGGAACAAAUAACUCCUUCAAUAAAUUACCAUCCCCUUGGAUUUCUACUUUAGAUUCUAUUAAAGAUUAUCCAAAGUAUGAUUCUGCUACUACACCUAAAAUUGAAGAUCCUAGAUUUAAUACAGGAUUUGGACUUGAAACAACUUCAAUUAAUUAUUCAAUUUUAGAAUGA